AGUCAAGUCAAGUUGAUCAUAUGUUGUCGGCAUGGCUGCUCUCGCGUAACUCCUGUACUGUGGUGGUGUUACACGUGAAGGAACACAUGUAAAUCAUGUAUGAUGCUUAUACAGUCAUCCCUGUACUUAAGAAGCUCCCACUGGUGAUCGAAUCCGCUGCAGCUUACGAUGACAAGUUGCUGAUUGGUACGAAACAGGGACACUUGCUUGUGUACAAGCUGACUGCGAAAGGUGGGGCAGACGAAACAAAGUUCGAUGUGCAGCUAUGUGCCUCCAACAAGUCGUUCGCCAAGAAGCCCAUCGUACAGCUUGCUGCUAUUCCAGAACUGAACUUGCUUAUAAGCCUCUCGGAUAAUACUGUGACUGUGCACAGCCUGAAUCUUGAACCAAACACACCCCCCAUCGACUGCCCCGCUCUGUCAAAAUGCAGGGGCUGCACGCUCUUCGCAGUGAAUGUCCAAACGCAGAAAUCAUUAACUGGAGAAGUUACUAUUACUCUGAUGUUAUGUGCAGCUGUGAAGCGGAAGUUGGAACUGUUCUACUGGAAAAACAACACGUUUUGCGAACACCCGAGAGGCCUGUGCGUUCCGGACACGCCUCGUGCCAUGGUUUGGUGUGGGAAUGAGUCAUUACUCGUCGGAUUUAAGUCGGAGUAUAACAUCAUCUUUUUGAGCGGCGACACAAAGCAGCUGUUCCCAACGGGAAAGCAACCAGAACCAUUGUGCGUAAAGCUCAGCGACGACAGCUUUGCCCUGGGAAGAGACGAGAUGAUUAUCUUCGUAAACAGCGAAGGUCAGCCCACGCACAAAUACGCCGUACACUGGACCGAACCCCCGAUCUGCCUGAUGCACGACUACCCGUACCUCUUAGGCGCACUAUCGUCCGGCAUUGAGAUUCGCACUUCCGAACCGCGCAUGCUUAUUCAGAGGUCGGAACUGUCCAAGCCACGUUUCGUUAUCCCCUGUAAGCGCGGGCAGCUGUACGUCGCGUCGAGCACGCACAUAUGGUGCCUUCUGCAAACGCCCGUCCACCUUCAGAUCCCGCUGCUGCUCAAAGACAAACUGUUUGAGCUGGCGCUGAAGCUGGCAGACCUGUCGAACGACACGGAAGCCGAAAGGACCGCGACAAAGCAGCACAUAAAGAACCUCCUCGCUGUCGACCUGUUCUGCAAGAAGAAGUACGAAGAAUCCAUGGCCAUCUUCAGGGAACUGGAAACGGAUCCGUCACACGUCAUCGGCCUCUUUCCAGACCUGCUUCCGGAAGAGUACCGCAGCACUCUGCGUUAUCCGGAGAGCAUUCCAGAGAUAAAGGACGGCGACUUGGAAACUGGGCUGUAUGCCCUACUCGACUACCUUGUCCAGUUCAGGUGCCACCUGCUCACCGACACGAACCCUGAACCGUCACUCACAGCCAUUACCACGUCCAGCAAGACCAUUCAAUCAAAGACGUCCCUCUUGCAAAUCAUAGACACAACGAUGCUGAAGUGUUACCUCAUGACCAAUGUUGCCUUAGUUGCAUCCCUGCUCCGCCUCCAAGAUAAUUACUGCCACCUCUUGGAAUGCGAGAGGGCGCUUAAAAAGCACCAGAAGCUUAGUGAACUGAUAAUCCUUUAUCAGCAAAAGGGUCAGCACAGGAAAGCGCUGGAGCUCAUGUUCAACGAAGCUAAGAAGACCGACUCUCCGCUGAAGGGCCACGAGAGAACCGUCAGUUACCUGAAACACCUUGGCAGGGAUCACAUUGACCUCGUCUUUGAGUUCUCCAAAUGGGUUCUCGCCGAGCAUCCUGACGACGGACUCAAGAUAUUCACCGGUGACCAGCCAGAAGCGGGAACACUUCCGCCGCAGGCCGUGUUACAAUUCUUAACUAAGGAAGCACCAAAGCUAGUGAUACCGUACCUGGAGAAUCUGAUUCGUGUCAAGGGGGAGACAGCCGUAAUGUUUCACAACACCCUUCUCCACAAGUACAGGGAAGAACUGCAAGAAUACAAGGUCGACGGACAGAUCAUCAGCUCCACGGAAAGGGUGAGGUACCUGAGACGGCGGCUGGCGCAGUUCCUCGAGACUUCGGAACACUACACGGCAGAGAACUUUCCGACACACCUGCUCAGCGACGGGCUCUACGAAGAGGCAGCCAUAGUCAUGGGAAGGCUGGGAAGGCACGAGGACGCCCUCACGAUCUACGUGCAGGUGCUCAGGGACCACGAGAAGGCGGAGGCGUACUGCGAACGGGAGUACGCCCGGAACGUGCAACGGAACAAAGACGUGUUCCUCACCCUCAUUCAGCUGCACCUGUACCCUUCGAAGCUGAUUUCCAGGGUGCUGCACCUCUGCCCAAAGAGUACGUCGACGCCCGAAGACGAGACGCCGUUCCAGAGGCGGGUCGACACGGCGCUCGGAAUCCUGUCCAACCACGUUGAUAAGAUCGAUCCUCUUCAGGCGCUGGCUGUGAUCCCUGCGGAGGUGCCGGUUGCUGCCGUGAGCGAGUUCUUCAGGACGGUGCUCGACCGCCGUACGAAGGAGUUGCACGACGCGGAACUGCACAAGUCUCUGCUGUUCGCGGAGCACCUGCAGGUGCAGGAACGUGCGAUUCGGUGCCAGGCACUCAAGGUGGUUGUGACGGAACUCGACAUUUGUGGCGUUUGUCAGAAACGGAUUGGGAGAAGUGCGUUUGCGCGAUUCCCCGACGGUGUCAUAGUCCAUUACUCGUGCAGGGACAGUAGGGAUGCUGACAAGUUAAUGAAGGUGUAAUUAUGUUUUUAGAUGAUCUCUAACGAUUGAGAAGAACUGAUUUUUACGUUUGCAGUGUUGGUGUCGCAGUGACGCGAGUCACAAUAAGAACUAUGAAAUAGGGCUGUUGCAAAUUUUAUUUUGAAUAAACCAGCCUUGGGUAAUAACUCAGUUACAAGUAAUCACUUACUGACCAAUAAACCAGUAAGUGUAAUUAAUAACCCUUCUGAGAGAGAGCAACUUUCAGGUUGAAUACCAGUCGGUUACAGGUAGUGAACGUUGAUGCGACUAGUUCCUGAUAUUAGAAAGACAAAUACGAAAUGGUAUGGUACGUAAUGGUAACUAGACAGCAAGUAGUUACAGGUACUUCUGAACUAUCUUUCUGCUUUCAGUUACUUGUGUAACUACUUUUUGCCAACUGAUAUUCAACAUGAAAGCUACUGGUAGCAUCUCUGACUGGCAAUCAGAUGGUGUGGGUUCAAAUCCCACUGCUGACACCUUUUCUUCAACUGCCAUCAUUCAUAUUAAAGCUACUCUCGGAGAAAUAAUUAUUAAUUACAGUUACAGGCUAAUUGCUCCGCCCGUGAUUAUUUGUAACUAAAUUAGUUCGCAAGACUCGAAUAAACCUAUACGCAAUUUACCUUUGGCAAAUAAAACGCGACAAUUUCA